ACUGGGACAAUGGCGGCGGUGUCUGGUGCUACUAUGCAGAGCGCCAGUCCUGCGAGAGAACUCACUGUCUCUGUUCAGCCAGGAGGAAACACGAUUCAUGGUGAUCGGUCCAAAACAGAAGAUGUAACAGAAUCAGAGAAGCAGAGUCGCAUGGCUGCUCUACUUGAGAAGCUUCAUACCAAACACAAUGCUUCACGGCCGUGGCAGGAGACCUGCAAAGUUGUGCGUCAGGCCAUGGAGAAACGUGGUGCGAUGAAUGCUGCAGGUCACCAGCUCCUGCUCACCUGUCUGGAGACCCUGCAGAGAGCGUUGAAAGUCUCAUCUCUGCCUUCCAUGACUGAUCGCCUAGAAUCCAUUGCUCGACAAAACAUGCUUGGCUCUCACCUCAGCCCAUCAGGCACAGAGUGCUACAUCACAUCAGACAUGUUUUACGUGGAAGUGCAACUUGACUCCAGUGGCCAGCUAGUGGACGUCAAGGUGGCUCAUCAGGGAGAAAACCCCACGAGUUGUCCAGAGUUGAUUCAACAUCUAAGGGAGAAGAACUUUGAAGAGUUUUCCAAACAUCUGAAAGGACUGGUCGACCUUUACAAGCUCCCUGGGGACAAUAAGAUGAAAACCAAGAUGUAUAUAGCACUGCAGUCUUUGGAGCUUGAUCUCACCAAGAUGAUGCACAUGUUUAGGUUAGCAACCAAUGCAAAUACAGUGGAGACUAUUCUUCAUGGCAGCGUGGGCUUGCUGACAGCCAGGAGUGGUGGCCAUCUUGUUACUCUUCAGUGUUAUGUGUCUCCCUAUGAUAUAUUUGAAGAGGGGACAGGCUCGCAUCUCAACUUAACAGACGGCAAUGUUCCGCGCUCUCUGGGUGUCGGGGUGUCUGUAUCAAUCGAGGGAACCACCGCCGUCUACAAGCUCCCAAUUGCUCCACUCAUCACUGGAUCUCACCCAGUGGACAACAAGGGGACACCUUCAUUUUCCACUGUGACCAAUUCCAACUGUGUGGAUCUGCCAGCCUGUUUUUUCCUCAAGAUGAACCGCCCCAUGCCUUUCUCACUCUCCUUUAUUCAGAGGAUGGGAAAUGCUACUUCUAUCCCAGUGUUUGAGACCUCUCCCAGCCUCUCACCCCUUUACCAGUUAAUUGUCCAGAGCCAGCUCCUGGAGGAGGGCACCUCCACAUCGCCACCGUCCCACAACACGCACUUCUACUCUGUGUUGCCAGAUCAGCAGCACUGUUAUUUCUUAAAUGGCGAUGCCCCAGUACAAGAUGGUCAUUCUCUCCAAGGAGUGCUGGUGUCUAAGAUACCCUUUCGCCAUCCAGCACAAGUGCCACUCUUGUUGGAUAUCAUCCGACAUCAGGCAGCAUAUAACAUUUUGGUUGGCAGCUGUGUAAAACGAACGUCUGUCAAAGAAGACAGUGCCGGCCUGUUGCAAUUUGAAGUAUGUCCUCUCACUGACUCAAGUUUCAGUGUUUCUUUCCAGCAUCCAGUCAAUGAAUCAUUAGUCUGUGUGGUGAUGGAGGUGAUCGACUCCAGACAGGUAUCCUGCAAACUAUAUAAAGGACAGUCAGAUGCCCUAAUCUGCACUGAUGACUUCAUCACUAAAGUGGUCCAGAGAUGCAUGUCCAUCCCUGUAACAAUGCGGGCCAUUCGAAGAAAAGCAGAGACCAUCCAGGCAGACACUCCAGCCCUCUCACUGAUUGCACAAACAGUGGCUACCAUGGUGAAAAAUAACUUGCCACCAUCCAGUAGUCCAAACUACAAUAUGGCAGCAGGUGAUGGAACAAAUCCAAUGGAACUGCCAGGGCUCACGGGGGGAAAUACACCAACCGGAGGACCCCCUGGGGGACCGAAUUUUACAAAUCCAAAUAUUUUAUUUGGAAAAUCCCAAACAGAGAGGCAAGGCCAAGGAGGAGAUUGCCUUUCCCAAGGAGGGGUGGCUGGCCAGCAACAGUUGCCACAGCAACAACAGCAAGGUCAGGGACAUUCAGAAGACUUUAACAAAGUCGUCCAGAAUCCAAUAUUGACAAGUCUCUUACAGAUAACUGGAAAUGUGGGUUCUAGUCCCAGUUCCCAAAAUGCACCUCCACCACAUCAAACUCCACCACCAACAUCCUCCCCUGCUAGCAAUACUAAGAAUCACCCAAUGUUGAUGAACUUGUUGAAAGACAACCCCACCCAAGAUUUUGCUACACUGUAUGGUUCUAGUCCUUUAGAGAGGAAUUCUUCGUCUGGCUCUCCACGGACAGAGGGCAUGAGUGGAACCUGUCCUGGAGCCGGCACAAAGAAGAAAAAGCGUCCACGGUCAACAGAAAAGGGUGCCGUUCUGCCUGGAACUGCUGUAGGUGGUACAUUAGGCAUAAAAUCACAACAAGGAUCUUCCAUGCAGCAGCAUCACCAGCACCAUCCAGCCACACAUGAGGAUGAUUUCCAUCGUGAGCUCCUUUCUAUGGAUGUGGAUGCUUCUCAAAAUUCUAUCUUUGAUGUUAACCUGACUGGUGAUGGUCUAGACACACCCCAUAGCAUCACCCCGGCACCCAGCCAAUGUGGAACACCGCCCUCUGGUCCUGGCAUGCCUUAUUCCCAGUCUCAUGUACAGUCUCAGCAACAGCAGCCACCAUGUACCAUGCCUCCUCGAAUAGCUCGCCUGUCUAGCUCUGAUAGCAUUGGACCUGAUAUCACAGAAAUCUUGUCAGAUUUACCUGAGCAGACAGGCAAAAGCAGUGGUGGCAGUCAUGGGCAGCACCCUAUGGGUAAUGGUGGGGAGGAUGGAGGCCCCCUUGGUACUCCCAUUCGUGAUUCCUCUAGUUCAGGUCAGGGCAGCACAGUGUUUGACUCAGACAUUUUCAAUACCAACAGCAAUGAGAUUCCUUUCACAGAUGCUGCUGAUCUGAUUGCAGAAGCCACUGCAACUGCUGCCACUCCCACCAGUGAUUCCUCUUCCACCAACUUCUUCCCUGAUGCUACUGACUUUAACCCUGACCUCCUCACCUCAGGCCAUGGAUUCCCCCCAAAUUACUUUGAUGACAGCUCUCCAAGUGCAGAUGGAGACAUGGACCUGGUCAAAGGUUUUGGUGCAGGCAGCCAGCAAAAUACUCCAUCAGGAACACCUCAGAAUCCUACUCCACAUGGGCAGGGCACCCCAGAGCCCUCAAUGAAGGACCCUUUUGAUAUGGGAAUAGCAUUUGGAGGCAACAGUGGUGGUGGUAAACCACUUCUGGGGCAAGCCCCCGAUUUAGGAGACACACAUGGUGCAGGGUCUCAGAGUCCCCUCAUGAUGGGCCUUGGAGCACCAUGUGGUGACUUUAAAAGUGCAGAACCCAAACUUAAACAACAACAGGGACUUAUGCGGCCAAAGGAUGAUAUUGGGGGAAGCGGAGGGAGUAGCUCUGGUAUUGGAAUGGGAAGCAGUUCCUCAGAAGGAAAACAGGUCAAACGUAGCAGGACCCCAUCCAGUGAGGGAAAGUCUAAAGAUAAGCCUCCCAAACGCAAAAAGUUGGACCCUGAUGGAAAAUCACCCUCUCACAGCUCAGGUGGUCGGCCAUACACACCCCCUAGUGGUGGGUCAGGCUCUGGGGGAAGUAUGAGUGGAGGAGGCUCCAAAUCUCCUGGUAGUUCAGGUCGUUCACAAACUCCUCCCGGCGGUGCCACACCACCCAAAGUUCCUAAAAUCACAAUUCAGAUCCAAAAGGGGACCAUAACUGGGGGUAAGAGUUCAUCUCAUAGUGGAUACACGUCCAGCAGCUUGUCCACAAGCAGCACAGGAGGAGCAGGGGGAACCAGCAGCAGCAAAAGCCAUCAUUCUCACUCAUCUUCUUCAGGAAAGAUUAAGUCCAAAGAAGGCUCCAUAACACAAGGUAACAGCUCUAAACCAGGAAGUGCUGGAGUAGGGGUUGGAGGUGGGCCAUCACAGUCUAAAGGCUCCUCCCAAGGAAUGGGUGUUGGCAAACCAGGAUCUUCUCCAAUUACUAAACAUGGGCUUUCUGGGCCUGGAGGUAGUGGAGGUGGAGUUGGCAGUGGUAAUAAAACUAAACCCCAGGGGGGAAAGCCUUCUGGGUCCCUUAUGAAUCCCAACAUAAAGCCCAAUAUCUCCCCUUCUCAUUCUCGCUCCAGUGGUUCUAGUGACAAAUUGUCCUCCCCCAUGAAAAUGCAGCAGUCCCAAGUUCCAGGAACACCUCCUACUUCCAAGGCUAAGUCUCCAAUGGGCUCAGGAGGUAGCAGCUCUGGAGGUUCCAAGUCUUCUUCUGGUGGAGGCAUGAGCUCGCAGAAGCCCAUGGGUGGGAGCUCUUCUUCUGGUUCCUCCUCAUCAUCUGGCUCCUCCUCUUCAUCUGGUUCCAUGGGUUUCUCAGCAGGUUCUCAGUCUCAGUAUGGGAGUGGUGGAGGGGGAGGAGGGCCUGGAGGAGGAAGUGGAGGCAGUGGUGGAGGGGGAGGAGGUGGAGGAAGUGGAAGCGGAGGUGGAAGUGGAAGUAGUGGGUCUUGUCAGAACAAUUCAAAUAACCCCAAUGCCAAAGGCAAGUCUCCUAGCAGAAACAAGAAACCCUCUCUUACAGCAGUCAUAGACAAACUGAAGAGUGUAGGUGGAGGAGGAGUGGGGGAGGAUGGAUGUGAGAUUGGGCCACCAGUUGGGGGACCUGGUUCGGGAUCUGCUCCAGGUGGUGGCCCUGGAAACAUUCCCAGCAGCGGACCUACAAGCAUGGUUCCAUCCAAACAUGGCUCGUCCUCCCAAAGUAUGGAGUAUAAGCGUGAAAAAUCGGAUAAAGAAGCAAAAGCAAAAGUGUCUGUUUCUGGGGGAACCAGCGGCGAUAAAAAGCUAAUGGACACAAAAACAGGAGGGGUUGGCACAACAGGUCUGGCCAAAAUUAUCAUCAGUAAACCUGAUGGUGGUUCACCAAGCAUCAAGGCCAAAGUGCUGCAAAAAUCAGGGGAGGGAUCUGGGGACUCUAUGCGUCCCCAAAUUUCUAGCCUCAAAGCAUCACCCCUCUUCAGUGGCUCUACUCCGAAACAUGACCGCUCCUCCCCGAGCCAUAGCCGCUCACCAGGUUACACCCCACUCAAUCAUGACAGUGAGAGCGAGUCGGGGAGCAGCUCAGUAAAUGAGAAGUCCCAUCAGAACAGCCCCAGCUCAGAUGAUGACCAGACCAUGCGCCCGCUUCCCCCACAGGACUAUAUGAGCUCCAUACCCCUCAGUUCAGGGGAGAAGCACAAAAAACACAAAAAGGAGAAGAAGAAGCAGAAGGAAAGGGAGCGGGACAGAGACAGAGAACGGGACAGAGACAAAGAGAAAAAAAAAUCAUCAAUGCCCAUGGGGCCGUCUUCACACCCAAUAAAACCAGACAGUUGGUCGCGCUCGCCCAUCUCCGCUUCAGAUUCCUCUUUGUCCAUGUUGGGUUCAGAGCGUCCAUCCCGGCCCAGUCCAAUGUAUAUGAGAAACGAAGAUGAUGACCUCAUGGACUCGGCCCUUACUGGCAACCUGUAAUUUAAUGGAGACAUUGUCUUCCAUUUUUAACACAUGCCUUUUACAUACAAAUGUAACUAUUUAUUUAACUCAAGCCACAUAGUGGAAGUGGCAAUAAGAAAAUUGUGGCCGUGUCUCAUAGACCUGUAAAAGCUUUUAAUGUCAUGUUUUACUAUUGGAGAAUCAGUAAAUAAUGUUGUCACUCAAAUCCACGUCAGAAUACCCACUCUCUUAAACUUCAUUUAGGAAAAAGCUUUAAACGGUGAAUUUGUAGAAAUCUUUAUAUCAUUUUUGUUUUUACCUUAUUAUGUCACAACAUCUUUACUGUCAGAAAAAUAAUUUCUGUCAUGUUCUACUCAUAUUUAACACACCUGCCACUGUUCAUACAUCAGUGUUAAGCCAGAAUGCCACUGUACUGUAUGUUGUUAAAAUAAGUGUCUGUUUAAAAGAAGUAUUCAACAGUGCAGUGAUCAGUUGCCUUGUUUUCCGCAUAUAACUUUUUUUUUAGAUUUUGAUACCUUUUUACCUUUUGAUGUGUAAAUUAGCGUAAGUUGAAGAAGAAUGCGACAGAUGAUGGGGACAAAGAGGUGAAUGAUUCAUGCUGGUGAUUUUUUUAAAACUGUAGAACAUUUGGAAGCUUGGAAUAAAUAUUUCACUUCUGGAAAACGAAAUCACUGUUAAAUAUCUGUGUUCUAACAGAGUUGAUUGUGGAGUUAUCAGUCUGAGGGAUUGUGUAUCUAGUAGUAAUAAAAUAAGUAUUUCAUUCUCUAAA